AUGUCUUCCAAAAACUAUGAUCACGUUAAGAAACACAAAGAAAAGCUUCUUACACCUGGAAAUGAAGCAGCAUUGGCAGACUUUAUUAAGAGAAAACAAGAAGCUGAUAAAAGAUAUCGAGAAAAGAAGUUGAAUUCUAAAGCAGCAGAACGAUUCAAGAAAAAGAAAAGUCAACAAACCUUGGAAUCUAAGGAAAGAAAGGCAUUAAAGGAUCGAAAUGACAAAAGUAACAUUGGUACGAAAUUUAAGUCAAGAAAUGGUUUACAGCGAGCAAUUAAGAGAGUCGAAACUAUUUUACCAAAGGAGAAAGCUAAAAAGAUUGAGGUAGUAGAGGCAAUUGCUGAAAAUUUACGAUUGAAUGUAGGAUCUGCGAUUACUAAAGUUAAAUGUACUCGUCAACGUCAUUACUUCCGUGACAUACCUGAACUUGUCAACGAAUUUUAUUUAUUGGAAUCUGUGUCACGUCAACUUCCGGGCAAGAAAGACUUCAUAAUUAUCAAGAACAAGAAUGGAAUCAAGGAAAAGCUACAAAAAAGAGUUAUGCUUACUACUAUAGAAGAUGCUUAUUCGGAAUUUUGCUCAUUAUAUCCACAACAUAUAAUAUGCAGAUCCAAAUUUUUUGAGCGAAGGCCGAAAUUUGUAUUACUUCUUUCCCAAACUCCUCAUAAUGUAUGUUGCUGCAUUUACUGUUCUAAUUUCCGAUUUUUAUUUGAUGCUUUAAAACCAUUUUUUAUUGAGAGUGUAUUAACCUUUGAUGAUUUCUUUAUUGAAUUCAUUUGUGGACUUCAAUAUAAUUGUGCAAAGAAUUUAUGCGAAUUAUGCUGGGACUAUAAGAAAAAACUUCGUUCAUUGUUAAUUCAAUCAAGUGAUAAUCAUGCUGUUACAUGGAUGAAAUGGAUAAAAGUUGACAAUUUUCUCCAAAAGCACGAAAUGCCAGAUAAGUCUGUAUCUGGCAUUAUAGUCGAAUUCUGUGCUUCUUUUGAGAAACACAAACUUCACAAAUAUUUGGUCUUUACACAGCAUAGCAUGUUAAAGGAUUUAAAACUUGAGCUUGAUGAUUCUUCCGUUAUACUUCAUAUGGAUUAUAGUGAGAAUUUCUCAAUUGCAUUGCAAGAUGAAAUUCAGUCGGCAUAUUUCAACCGGAAGCAACUCUCAUUAUUUACAGCUGUAGCUUAUAUUGGCCAGUUAAAUACUGUGUCUUUUGCAAUUUUGAGCGAUGACACUAAACAUCAAAAAGACCAAGUUUUUUACUAUAUUAAAAUAAUCAUCGAAAUGCUUCAUCAACCUUUCCCAGAUUUAACGCAUAUACACUUCAUUACUGAUGGAUGCGCGGCUCAGUUCAAAAAUAAAUUUAUUCUAUCCAGUUUAAUUUACAUGCAAUCAGACUUUCAUCUAAAAUCCCAUUGGCAUUUUAUGCCUACAAGCCAUGGAAAAAGCUGUGCUGACGGAAUUGGCGGUAGCUUAAAACGUCAAGUUUCGCAUCGAAUUCUGUCAGGAUUGCACGAAAUCAGAAAUGCCCAAAAUUUUGUUGAUUGUGCUAAUACUUUUUCAAAAAACAUGAAUGUUUUGUAUUCAUCAUACGAUGAAAUGAAGUCAAAUACUGAAGAAUUAGAAGAAAGAUGGUUAAAUGUCAAAUCAAUUCCAAGCACCACGUCUUAUCAUUAUUUUGAGCCUAUUGGCAACAAAAUUUUAGCCGCUGCCUCAUCAAAGAAAGAUAAUGCACACAUUUAUGAUGUAUAA